ACUCCGCCUUUGCCCGCCGGUUACCCAAGUUUACCGAGUAACUCAAGAGGCAGCACGGAAAGGCUACGCCAUUUCGCCGGGGCUGGAAGGGCAGGAUGAAACCUGACGGAAAGGUGGUGCUGCUCGGGGACAUGAACGUGGGCAAGACGUCGCUGCUGCACCGCUACAUGGAGCGGCGCUUCCAAGACACGGUCAGCACCGUCGGCGGCGCUUUCUACCUCAAGCAGUGGGGCCCGCACAACAUCUCCAUUUGGGACACAGCAGGUCGUGAACAAUUUCAUGGCCUUGGGUCCAUGUACUGUCGAGGAGCAGCAGCUGUUAUCCUCACCUAUGAUGUAACCAGCUUACAAAGCAUGGUGGAACUUGAGGACAGGUUCCUGGCAUUGACAGACACUGCCAGUACAGACUGUGUUUUUGCUGUUGUUGGGAACAAAGCUGAUCUCACAGAUGCUUGUGCCUUUUUGCCGGAAAUGGAAAACAAACAUCACUUUGAGAAGCCCAUUAACAGUUUCAUGUCAACCAAGUAAAGAAGAAUUGUGAAUUGUGCAGAAGUAUUCAGGAAAAGGCAAGUGCACACGGCUGCUUUGCACACAUAGUGAAUCUGCACAUCAAAAGGAAUGGUUUGUAUCAGACUUGGUUUGAAGUUGGUUCAUUAUCCCUUCCUUCUCACAGCUGUAAGUUCACCACCACCACUGGCAAAGGAAAGCAGAGGGUCAGGUUAUUCAUCCAUACUCAUAUUAACUUCAAUACUGCUCAGUAGCCAGCACUCUCUGGCUACGUUUGCUGUUCAUGAUGGCACUAAAUAUAGGCCUAUUUGGGAUAGGUGAAUAAACUGUUUACUUCUCCCUGACAUCAACAGAUGAGGGGAGAGAAUUUAAACACAAUCUAAAAAUUUACAAGGCUCAAACUUUACUCUGAAUUUAGCAAUAGUUGGACUGUCAGAUGAAAAUCUCAGGAGUGCACAUUUGGCCAUCUAGAUACAUUGUCAGGAAGGGGAAGGGAAGGCAGUUGGUAUACUGCUAGGAAGUCCUCCACUCCAGCCUCUUCUCUCUGUCUUCAGCAUGCCCCCUUUUACCCUCCCAAGGCUCUGUUACGGCCUUGGCAUGGAGUGGGGGCAGCCAGCACAGCGCCAGCCCCAGGGCAGCAGGAGUUUGGUCUUUCAAUCGACAGCUCUUGAGUCUCAGCUCCUUGGAGCUGGGACUCCCAUGGCUUUCCAGAUGAUGGAUGGUGCCCUAACUUAUUAAGUGAAAAAUAAACAGAAAAACCCGUUCAUGAA